CGGUCGGAACUGGUACGCAACAUAACAGGAUUGGUUCUGUCAUCAUCACCUUCCAUGUAUGGUGAUCGCGGCUGCCCCGAAAGCUGCAGCAGAAUUUGGUAAAAAUUGAAGACGAAUUUUGCUUUCCAAAACGCUCGCCAUUCGAUGGAAAACCGCUCCGUUGUUGGCCCAGUGGUGCGGGGAAGUGCGAUCUGGCCGUAGUGCGUGUCUGUGCGUGUGAAAAAAACAAGUGUGUUCUUUUCAGCGAUUAGAUGUACGCCUGAUUGAACAAGCAGCAUCCGGCAGAUUCUUCUGGUGCAGACGGUUCGCGCAGUAGGCCGCGUCGGAUGUUGUCCUUAAAGAGCACAUGCUGCGGCACUUGUGUAGUGGAACAAAUAGUCGAAAAAAUCUAACCGCUUGUGUGUGUGCGCGUGUUUAUGUGUGUUGUUUUAUGUGUUCUUGUGUCCGAGUUUUGCUUUUUCUUCUACGCCUUCAACCUGUACACUGCAGCUGUGCGAUACGCCGUUUUUUGUUUUCUUUUUCGAGCAUAAUUCUGACUGACCGACUGAAAUGUAAACCUGCCCUUCCUCGUCGGGGACAGUCGAAGAACAUCAGAUGAAACGGAGCUGUUGCUACAAUUUGUACACUAUCAGGUUUGUAAACAGUAACCGGCGCUUCCGAAUCUGGCCCGUGGACAAGAGACUGUACUGGAAUAGCAGAUCGAACCGGGUGUACAGGUCAUCACUCCCCACCCAAGCAGCUUUUAAUAUGAAUUAUUAAAAUGAUGUAAUAGAUCCGGAAAGUGGGUUUGGCUUAACUAUUUUUCUGUGCUGUGCUAGCACACCUAACCGUACAGUAGCGCGCAGUAGCAGUGGACCAACAGGCAGGAUAAUUGAAAAUGGCACCGAGUCAGAAGGUGACGAAAAAAUGGGAAAUAUUUGCCGGCCGGAACAAGUUCUUCUGCGACGGAUAUCUGAUGACGGCACCAAACUCGGGUGUCUUUUACUUCACGGUCAUACUGAUUACCGCUACCAGUGGACUGUUUUUCGUGUUCGACUGUCCAUUUUUGGCACAACGCAUCACGCCCGCCAUCCCGAUCAUCGGCGGGAUCCUCUUCGUUUUCACGCUAAGCUCCCUCUUCCGCACAGCCUUCAGCGAUCCGGGCAUUAUUCCGCGUGCUUCGCAGGACGAGGCGGCCUAUAUCGAGAAGCAGAUCGAGGUGCCGAACUCGCUCAACAGCCCCACCUAUCGGCCGCCGCCCCGCACGAAGGAGGUGUUCGUGAAGGGUCAAACGGUGAAGCUCAAGUAUUGCUUUACGUGCAAAAUCUUUCGCCCACCGCGGGCCUCCCACUGCAGCUUAUGUGAUAAUUGCGUUGAUCGGUUCGAUCAUCACUGUCCGUGGGUGGGCAAUUGCGUUGGCAAGCGAAACUAUCGGUUCUUCUACAUGUUUAUUGUCUCGUUGGCGUUCCUAGCAGUAUUCAUAUUCUCGUGCACAACGACUCACAUAGUAAUGUUAUUAAAGGAAGACAACCAGUUCAUUGACGUCGUCAAGCGGACUCCUUCCAGUGUGAUAAUAGCGAUAAUUUGUUUCUGUUCUGUGUGGUCCGUUAUCGGGUUGGCUGGAUUUCACACGUAUCUUACUACAAGUGAUCAAACAACGAAUGAAGAUAUAAAAGGUUCAUUCAGCUCGAAGGGUGGCCAGCAGGCAAUAAACCCGUACUCGCAGGGAAACAUUUGCCUAAACUGUUUCCACAUUCUGUGCGGCCCAAUAACACCGUCGCUAAUUGAUCGGCGCGGUGUCGUUACGGACGAGUAUCGGACGCAAAUGCAGGCGACAGAGAAGUACAACAGUGCCACUGUUCCACCGUUGGUUGUGAUGCAACCGGGAAUGGACACGCUUAAUAAGCAUUACAGUAUGGAGCAUGAAUUGCAAAACGCAUCGAACGGUGGUGGCGUUGGUGGAACCGGCGUGUACCGGCAGCGUAGCUACGAUAACUUACAAAACGAUAAAUCCAACAGUGUGGCGCAUUUGGUCGAAAACGAGGCGCCCCUAUCAACGACCGGGAAUGUUUCGAUCUUAUCGGGUGGUGCCGGUGGUGGCUUAGAAGAUACCACCACCACCACCGUUCUGCUCGACGAGGACGGCAUGGAGCUGGAAACGAGAGGCAUGGGCGGUGGUCCAUCGAUGGACGACUCCAGCAAUCAGCUGACGGGCAGCUAUACGAACCUGUUCCGCGACUCGAUGAGCAACGGUGUAGCGAACGGUCCGAGCGGUGGAGGGCAGCCGGGAAAGCCCAACAACAGCUAUCAUCAUCAUUCCAGCAUGAUGAUGAGCGAGUGCGACAAAAUACAGAGUGCCGAUGAGAUUAUCAACGUUAGUGAGCUGAUGAUGGUGUGCAGCGUGAGCGGUCACGAAAAUGUGUACAGUAAUGUGCCGCCCGCUCAGAUCUCGCCGUCCGGAUCGGCGGUCGGUUUGUUGGCAUCGCCCAAGCGGGCCAGCGUGGGCAGCAGCAAUGUGUCGGGCGUCGUGGACGUUUCCAGCUCGACCGUCGGGCCCAGUGGCUAUCAGCACGUAUACUCGAACGUAACCAGCCCGUGCGGGCCGGCCGCUGCCGAACAACUGCCCACCGGGGUGUCUACGGGGACGGGAGGGAUCAGCGGUAGCCAGCAGCAGCAGCAGCAGCAGAUUCAUCCUGCACUCGGAAACGGCAAACACCAUCAGCAACAGCAUCAUCAACAUCAUCAUCAUCCUCAUCAUCAGCUAGCAUUAGACGAUCCAUCACAGCUGCUCAGCUCUACGUUCAUUAGCAACGAUCUCGAUCUGGACGAUCCGGUGCUGUCCAGCUCCUUCGCCACGGCGACCAAAAGCACCGCCAACACGAUGACAAAACUGCACCCACCACCAGCACCGUCCUCAGCCGCUGGUGGCCCGAUGGUGGCCGCGCAGCAACAGCAUCUAAAGCAACCCCAAGCAAUGAUUACCACGAUCGAGAUGAAGAACGUCAUCAAAACGCUCGACCCGAAUGUGAUCAUACAACAGCAGGCGUCGUCGAAUGGUUCGAGUGGGACGACAGCGGCCGCCUCCUCCUCGGCGAAUGUGAUCGAUAGCAAUGGAGGCAUCGCAUCCAUGCACAACAGCACCACUACCACCACCAACAACAACAGCCACACCGAGUCGCCGAUGUUUAUUUCACCGAGCGCCAGCCGGAUGCGGCUGCUGCAGGAAUCGACGAUGAUCGAUACGGCGCUCGAUCUGGACAGCUUGGACGGUUCGAUCGGCAACCACUCCCAGUCCUGCCUAGUGAAAACGGCCAUCGUGUAGUAAAGAGGGGGUGGAGGAGUCGGGGUGGGAGGGCUGCAUGAACAAACCCGUUCCAAAGAUACAUUCCCAUGUGUACUAGAUGCGUGUUCGUGUGUUAACGGGCUACAGGCGACGAUUUGACAGUCUUCUAGUGAACAGGAACAUAGAAACAACAUUGGCGAGAUAGUUGCCUCAAGGAAACGACACAAACAUAGCGGUAAGAGUGUGUAGAGUACGCCAAACGACUAUUCCGUGUAGAAAAAAAAACAACAAUAACCGUCAGGGAAACAUCAACCCGCCAAACCGUUUCCUCCGCCAGUGUGCAUAUUAGAGCUAGACAACUCUCUUCGCCAGUGUACACACACACACACACACACACAUACACACAAACACAUCCCGGGGUACUAGAUGAGUCAUGACGCGGCAGGAACAAUAUGAUAGAGAAAAUUCAAAUGAUAGACCUAUCCAAUUAGUGUAACACGUGCAAAAAGAAAAAAAACAAUAAUUCUAUGCACUAUUCCUUUACUGUGUGGACUUUAUGUUUGGACACUUUCAACCAUAUUUUCCCGCCCCGUGGUUUUGCUUUGUUGUGCUUUUUUCUUUGCAAAGUUUAUGUUUUUCCUUGUUGUGUUGUGGUGGCGCGCUUAUGCUACGAUUAUUACAUGGAGAACUGGCCGGCAGAGAGAUACACAGAACGAACCAACAAAAAGGUGAUAGGAUCCGAUGGCACCGGGCGAGAUGAAUUUGAACCGAUUGCUAGAGUGAUAGAAGACAACGACAGCGAUUGCGAUCGCAGCAUAAAGGAAACGUGGCGUGUUUAACUGCUUUACGACACUAAUACAUAGGAUGUAUAUUUUUUUUCUUGUCUGUUAAGAUAUGUAAAUGAGACACGAGGGUGGAAGAAUUCGGUUGCAAAACGACGCGACGGGAUCAACUGCCGUAAGGACCGGGGAGGAUAUACAAGUUUGUUGACCGAUUUGUGUUGCCAAUGCCACAAUUGUUACUUGCGACACAGAGAAAGGAUGGCUGAUAGGGGGGAAUCGAAUCAGGGGAGGAAGCGGGGGAGAGCACUGUAUGCAGAUUGAAUGAAAGAUCCGCGUAUGUUCAACGAUGAUGAUGAGGUUUAUGCGGUUUGAUCGUAAAGUAAAGUAAAUAAACAAUUGUACAGAAUAACGUUA